UGGAAAUGGGCCAACUAGUAGCCGGGAAAUGAGAACAAAUUAAAAAAACACACAAUUUGGCUGCCCGAAGUCAAAAUCAUUUUUUUUGAAUUUUCAAUUUCCUCGAAAUUCUUGGGUUGUGAAAUUCAUCGUUUAAAUUCGGAGAAAGUGCGAUUUUUUUCUUCUGGGUCAGAGAAUCUCUCGAUGUUAGGGUUGCAGCCGCCGGCUCAUCAUCCCGGAGCUCAGGCAAACGCCACCGCCGCCGGUGUCGGAGAUGGCGGCGGUGCGGAGCUGAUCAGAACCUACAAGGCUUGGAAAGGGAACAACGUGUUCUUCCUCGGUGGAAGGCUCGUAUUUGGACCCGACGCCCAAUCUAUUUUGCUUAGCAUCUUCUUGAUUACAGCUCCGACCACUAUCUUCUGCGUUUUUGUUGCAAGAAAGUUUAUGGAUGACUUCCCCCACGAUAGAGGAGCAUCAAUAUUAGCCAUCGCCAUUGGACUUAAUUUACUUGAUCUGAUAUUUCUUCUCCUAACCUCGGGGAGAGACCCGGGAAUAAUACCUAGAAAUCUAUAUCCUCCUGAAGGCGAAGAAGGGGAGCCGCGUAUGAGCAGAACUCCCCCGUUUCGGCUGCCUCGGACAAAGGAUAUGGUGGUGAAUGGAGUCACUGUGAAGAUCAAAUACUGCGAUACCUGCAUGCUUUAUAGACCACCUCGAGCUUCUCACUGCUCUAUCUGCAACAACUGCGUGCAAAAGUUCGACCAUCACUGCCCUUGGCUUGGCCAGUGCGUCGGAUUGAGAAACUACAGGUUUUACUUCAUGUUUGUCCUGUGUUCGACGCUUCUCUGCAUUUACGUGCACGUGUUUUGCUGGAUCUACGUGAAAAGGAUCAUGGAUGGCGAGAGGACAACGAUCUGGAAAGCGUUGAUCAAGACUCCUGCCUCCAUCGCCCUCAUACUUUACACGUUUGUCUCGGUCUGGUUCGUCGGCGGGCUUACCGGCUUCCACUUGUAUCUAAUCAGUACCAACCAAUCGACGUACGAGAACUUCAGGUAUCGAUAUGAUAGACAAGAGAACCCUUUCAACAAAGGGAUACUGAGAAAUUUCUUGGAAGUGUUCUGCUCGAGCGUUCCUCCACGGAAAAACAACUUCAGAGCGAAGAUUACGAACGAGCCAAGGACAAUGAACGGGGCUUUGUCAAGCCCGAGCUUUGAAAAAGCGGUACACGACAUAGAGAUGGGGAGAAAACCUGUGUGGCACGAGACAGUCGAGGAAGAACUCGACAUUCCCAACAAGGAUGGGGAAACAGCGGUGGUUUCACAGGGUUUUAGCAGAAUAAUUCCACCAGAAGGACGGGGAAUAAUGCACUCCAGGGAAUCGAGUAGCGGGAGCUGGGUAAGGGAAGAUAGUAGAGGAAACAGAGAACCAGAGUCCAAGAGACUCGAUGAUUGUUCGGACGAGGAUCAGCAGGAAAUGGAUGACAUAUCCCGGGAGUUGGAUAUCGAGGUAUCGAGUGAAGAAUCGGAGAUGCAGAGGAGAUAGGGUUUCGGAAAGAUGUAAUUGUAAGGGGAAGAAUUUGAUCGUGUUUCUGUGUCUCAAGUUAUCUGUCAAGUAAAAUGUUCAAUGGAUAGGGAAACAAGUGAAUAGGCAGACAUAAAUGCGUGAGUUAUAACU